AGCUCUCAGUGGCAGAGACGACACAGUCAGCGACAACCACAGGAAGAGCCACAGCCAUUUAGCUACACAUCUUGGCCGUGUUUAAUCUUGCUCGAUCGUUUUACGCCCGCGGGACGAGUUACAAAUCUGUUUUCCUUUGUAAAAAGAAAGAUUAGAUAACUAGAAAACCUCGUACCUUUGGUGUUAUUGCUCUAGCUAAUGGUAGCGUUUUUCUUUGGCGGCCAUUUUGGUUCUUUUUGCUGAGAAACUGCUAGCUCGGCUGUGUGUGUUUUUUUUUAUUUUUCUUCCAGUGUGAGCUACCUGCCGCUCCUGUUUUUUUUUUUCCCCCACACAUCUGCGGACCGAGGAAAGGAGACGUUUGACUGUAUACACUAUACACCGAGACAACCAUGAAUCCUGAAUAUGACUAUUUAUUCAAGCUGCUCCUGAUUGGUGACUCUGGCGUUGGAAAGUCUUGCCUCCUUCUCCGAUUUGCAGAUGACACAUACACAGAAAGUUACAUUAGCACUAUUGGUGUGGACUUCAAAAUACGAACCAUAGAACUAGAUGGGAAGACCAUUAAACUUCAGAUUUGGGAUACAGCAGGACAGGAGAGGUUUCGUACAAUCACGUCCAGCUACUACAGAGGCGCUCAUGGUAUCAUUGUUGUCUACGACGUCACAGACCAGGAGUCCUUCAACAAUGUCAAACAGUGGCUACAGGAGAUCGACCGAUACGCCAGUGAAAAUGUCAACAAACUGUUGGUUGGGAACAAGUGCGACCUGACGACAAAGAAGGUGGUAGAUUACACAACAGCGAAGGAGUUUGCAGACUCUUUGGGAAUCCCCUUUUUGGAAACGAGUGCCAAGAACGCAACCAAUGUGGAGCAGGCCUUCAUGACCAUGGCUGCUGAGAUCAAGAAGAGGAUGGGCCCCGGGGCCACGGCCGCGGGGGGGGAGAAGCCCAACGUGAAGCUGACCCCGGGCACUUCGGUCAAGGCCUCGUCAGGAGGAUGCUGCUGAGAGAAAGAAAUAGCGAGAAAGAGAGAGUGAGAAAGAUAGAAAGAAAAGGAAAGAAAAGAAAGAGAGAAACCACUUCCACUUUGCAGCCCGGCUGCCAUUCCCCCUCUAAACUCCACUGUGUCCCAGCGAAGCCCCCCCCCCCCCCCCCCCCACCAACCACAAAAACCGAGACAGGACAGACGUGAUUCACAUUCAAAUGUGUGUGAGAACAAGGUGAAGUUUCCUGUGUUGGUCCAUCACGUAGCCGUACUACCAAAAAAAACAAUUAAAGCAUCUUUUUUUUUUUUUUUUUUUUGUCAUACUGUCCUGUUAUUAAAGACAGAUUCUACACAUAGAAUUCGACUCCCUAUCAUCCUCCCUCAGAUUUCAGACCCCCCCUCCACCUCCAGAGGCUUUAUUAAGUCGUCUGGAUGCAGGUUGAUGAGAACAAUGUGUGUUACGUAUGUGUGUGUGUGUGUGUGUUUGGGUGUGUGAAUGUGUCUUUCUCUGCAUUCCUGCAGCAGGGCUGGUAAACGAACCGUUUCCAUCGAUGCUUUUCUGUUUGUACGGACGUCCUCUGUCCUUUCACUCAUCGUCUCGCUGUCUUUUUUUCAGCAUGCGUCUCUCUCUCUCUCUCUCUUCGUCUAUUCCCAUUUUGAAGGAGUAUUUUUAUUAUUAUUUUUUUUUUCUUUUUCUUCUUCCUCUUCUUCCUCCUCCUCACCAAACGUCUGCACCAACAGUGUCUGAACUGUCCAGCAUCUGAAGUAUAGUGCAACCGUACAUGUACAUAAACAUUAUGUACAGUAUAUACAGUAAAUGUUCGAUCUGAUUUGCCAGUUCUGUUCGUGCCCCAAUAUAUUCUGGAAAAAAAAAAAAAAAAAAAAAAUUAGUCUUGACUCUUCUAUCUCUGCAUUAAAUUUGUGGCUAAAGACGACUGUAAGUUUCUUGCUCAACAUGUAACACUUAAACUGAAAAAUAAAUAUUGUACUACCAGACUGUA